AAGUAUGAAACAUGCUUCCACUUUGAAAGUCCCACAUGUGUGGUAUAAAGUAAAACCUUCCAGGACAAAAAUAAUGGUUAUAUUUGUAUAACAGGUACAGCAGAUAUUUAAAUUUCUACCCAUUCAAUAUUCUUUAUUUCUCAUUCCCUACAGAACCCUGGAGUAUCUUACCAGACACUUGACACACCUGGCAUCAUUCAGCACCCAAACAAACAUGCAUGCCAGGAACAUUGCCCUUGUGUGGGCACCUAAUCUCCUCAGAUCAAAGGAGAUUGAGAUUUCUACCUGUAAUGGUGAUGCUGCAUUCAUGGAGGUCAGGAUCCAACAGGUAGUGGUGGAGUUCAUCCUAAACCACAUAGAGCAGAUCUUCAACAACGCAAGCCAUCCUGCUACAGAGUCUGAUGAGCACAGCUCUGUAGCAAAGUGCAUGUCCCUCCAUGCCAGCUGCCAGGCUCAGCCUAUGAAACUGGUAAGUCUGGAAGAGGCUCAGGCCCGGUCACUGAGCCCCAACCACCCGGCCCGCAGGGAGAGACGGGAGAACAGCCUGCCGGACACCAGCCUCAGCACUGGGACCCUGUAUCACACCGUCAUCGACCUGCCUGACAACAAAAGAAAGCUGUCAGGGAAAUCAAAGAUGUGGAAAUCCAUAUUUAACCUGGGGAGGUCUGGAUCUGAAUCCAAAUCCAAGCUGAGCAGGAAUGGCAGUGUGUUUGUGAGAGGACAGAAGUUAGCAGAAAAAGCUACCAUUCGGCCUGCAAAAAGUAUGGAUUCUCUUUGCUCCUUGCCCACAGAAGAAGAUGAAAAGGACAGCCAGUUUAAAUGUUCGGCUACGACUGGUGGCUUCUUCAUGCCUGCUUUCAAAUCCCGUACCUUGGGCACGGGAAGCACUUACGAUUUAAGCAAGCAGGAUCAAGACUGGGAACACGAGAACCUUCCUGGUGCAAUGAGAGGAAGCUCACCUGUCAAUAAGGACAAAGUGGACAUGAAGAACACUCCACAACACAAACCGCAGCCAGAGCAGCUCAAAGUGUUCAAGGGAGAGGACCUCAACAGCUGUGAGCCCACUUCUCCCAAGACGCGGAGAAUGUUCUACUCCACCAGUGCCAGCGACGGAACUUCCAAACCCACCUUUCCUGGCAGCCUGUUCCCCCUUGAGGCAUCUCCGCGACACCAGCGCAAAGCCCUUAACAUUUCCGAACCCUUUGCUGUGUCCGUGCCUUUAAGGGUCUCUGCAGUGAUCAGUUCCAACAGUACCCCCUGCAGGACUUCAGUGAAAGACAAGCAUACUCUGCCUCCUGUCAGCGAAGCGUCCCCACUAAAGACUAGUAAUGACAGCGGACUUGCAGACCAAACCAGUAGCUGCAGCAGCAGCAGUGGUUGUAGUAGCAGAAGCAAUAGCAGUGGCUUGAUAACUCAAAAUAAGGAAGAUAAGCAAGUGCCUACAGUAAACUGUGGACAAGAAGCCAUUACCAUCAUGGAUGUUGCAGAAGGAGACGACCCUACACGGAUGGACUCCCAAUGUAGGCUGACUGAUACUUCUGAAUAUCCAAAUCACUCUCCAGUAACGUCAAGAGAUGAACAGCAACAACCUCCAUGCGCAAGAACCCAACAGACAAAGCUGAACAUCCUCCCAUCAGCCUUGGGCACUGAUACAGCUGCCCUGGGGAACUCACUGCAGACAAUCAGGUCCAAUGACGAGCUGCCAGCAGUUUUUACCCAGGUUGAUAUGAAAGAAGCUAAAACCCACCUAGAAAUUCUCCUGAGUGAAACGGAAGAACUUGCAGAGCCUUCUGAACUGACCGACGAAUCUGCUGCUGAUGCUUUGAUGGAUAACCUUUGGCCUGAAAUGCAACUUGAGCUGAAAAUCAUUGAGCCUGAUGUGGAUAUUAUUGAUCGAGGCAUCUUUGUGCAAAGCCCAACACUUACUGUCCUCAUAAGUGAUGAUCUGAAGCAAACAGCAGACCCAAAUGCUAAGAGAACCAGCAGUUUUUCCACGUAUCCUUUAUUGACCUCUGGACCUGCAGAUGAAGUUCUCAAGACAGACUUACACAUCUCAGAUGAAAAUUGCUCAGGUGAAAAUAGUUCUGAAAACCUGUCUUGUGAUGUCAGCAGGGAAAAUAAUCCAAAAGUAAAUGUGUUAGCUAAGACUGAAAACAAAACUGAGAUGGUGCCUUCAAUAAAACCUACUGGUGACUCAAGAAGUAACUUUCACACUGAUAAUAAAGAGAAGUUGCUUUGCAUUUUUGCCGAGACACAGCCCUCAAGUUCUAAAAUGAAAGAGUCAAUUUCAGCAGAAUCCGAGGGAGGUUUAAUUCCUGAAAGUGAUAAAGCUCAGAAGAAACACAUCAGUGAGUCAGUAAUGUCAUCAGGUCUGAAUGACUUGGUAGGACCAGAAAUAAAAUCUCCUAGAUUAACUAGUGGAAGUAAGAACCUGUCCCUGGACCCACUGAAGAGUAGUGCAAGGCUUUCAAACUAUGAGGAGGAUAGUCCAUACUUGCUGAUUGACAAUGAUGAGUCAGGGCUGGAUGCUUCAUGUGCUUUAGAGCUAGUUGAGCCCUGGGAAGACUACACCCAACAAUGGGUUACAAGUCCACUUCAUUCACCAAAUCCAAUGAAUAUCCUACAGAAACAAGAUGGUUUCCCUGUGUGUUCAACUACAGAGAAUGUGUUUUUCAACAGACGCAGCUCAUGCAGUGCUCUUGACUCUAGAGAGCAAUUGAAGGAAUUGUGCACAGAUGUAACUAAACUUAGAGUGGCAGCUGAUCCCUCACAGGAAGGUGGAUCAAAGGCAGAAAGUGAAAUGACUUCCAGCAUGACUCCCAAUCUGCAAGCUGAGAACUGGUUGCUGCCACCCAGCGAGUCACUGAAGCCACUUAGUGUCAAAACAAGUGGGGCAAAGCAGCUUGACAGUAUUCAGUUUGCAGCAUCAAAUGCAGCAUCAAAGGCACCAUCAACACCCACAGAGUCUACAAGCAUGAAAGUAAUGGAAGAAGAACUGUGUAAACUAUCAAAGGACACCCCUUCUCUACAGCAAGACACUCCAACCAAACUGGACAGCAUGGAAUCACAAGGCCAACAGAAUUCAGAAUGUGACAAACCUAAUGAAAAUGUCAUUUUAAAACACAGACCGUCCUCUCUCAAUUUGGAUCUAGGCAGUGCUUUUGGUAACACAACAGAAACAACAAGUAAUCCCUGUAAUUAUAACAACAAUGAUUUAUCCAACAAAACUUUACCUUGUCAUGGUUCAGUGACUCCGUCAGAGUCCAAGACAGCAGAUGAGUGCAGGGGGAAAUCCAAGUACAGUGCUUCAUCGUUAGAACUGGAAAUGUUUUUAACUGACCGGCAAGCUCCUGUGCGACGAAACUCUGCCCCAAUGUCAGUGUCAUCUAUAAGAACUACUUUCAUGAUCAAGACAUGUCAAGCUAAAGCUGUUCCAGUCAUACCUCCACAGGUUCAAUACACCCAGAUCCCUCUGCCUUUACAAACUAAGAACUCUGACACCCAUAUGGAGAAAGACCUAGAGAAGACUUCAGGAAGUUCAGGAAGAAAGGAACUAGACUCUCCUCAAGCACAUCCUUUCGUAAGCAAUCCCAAAGAUGAAAAAGAAAACAACGAACCUGCCGUCAAAACUCCCAGGCACACUGGGGGUGACACAUCUUUAGAGGGGGCUUUGCCUAAAUCUGUGGUGCCAGAGGGUCCUCCGGUGCUUAGAAGAAAGCGCAAUUCCAACGGUGAAGCCUUUGUUGAUCUGUCUUCAAAAUUUGACAGAUCCCCAGCACCACAGAAACCAUCCUACAGGGCUAGAUCCAACAGACCUCAAAGCCUCAUAUUGUUCAGUCCGCCAUUCCCCAUCAUGGACCAUCCGUCAGGCGGCAGCAAAUCACUGCUCUCCCCGAUAAAGAGCCCCACGGAAAGGGCUGCUCUGGAUUGUCUCUCUAAGGAACUUGCUGAUAAUCUAAAGACACCUGAAGGGGUCACUUUGAGGAAUAAAAUGACCAUGCCUAAAAGUGGUCAGAAGUUGGAGACUUCUACAAGUUGCUUUUACCAACCUCAGAGGAGGUCUAUGAUAUUUGACAGCAGAAGUAGCAGGCAAAUAGAAUGAACAUUUCUUACAUAUAUCUCUGCAAACCCACAUAAAGAAGUACUACAGUACUCUUGGUGCUGGCAGAAAAAAAAAAACUAUGGCAGAAAUGAAUACUGACUACAGUAUGUCUGUGAAUACUACAGUGUACUACAGCAUUUUUUAUUUUGGGAUUGUCUGGUCUUUGUAAUUGUUUAGCGUUAUCUGUGUACCAAGAAAAAAAAAAAAAGGUUAACAAUUUCUAUAUGCAGAGCAUCUGACAUUUAUAAAAAUUUUACUUUUGAGUUAAUAAAACUUUUUUCUUUUCUUUUUUAUAUUUACCAGAUGGUGUGUUUAAAGUGAUAAAAUAAACAUAAUAUAUAAAUAUCAUGUAACUGAGUGAACUCCUAAAAUGAUCGUGCUUUACCGUUGUAAGCGGUAUUUCUGUUCUCUUAUCAGGUGGGUUCCAAGAUCAAGUAAAAUCCAUGAAGAAUGAUUUAAAGUCACUUUGUGUUUGUCAACAUGCACAUUAUUCUAAAGUUUAGGUUAAGAAAACUGGAAACGUCAAAGCUGUUGUCUAAAAUAUUGGUGCUAUGUGCACUCAGGUUAACUUCACAUCUGUUUUUCCAUUAAACUUGAGACUAUAAAUCUGCAGGAAUAAAAAAAAAAAACCUGAACUGGAUAUCUACUAACAUUAUUUGAAUUUUCAUCCCCAACAAUUUUAAAAGGGUAUGCAGUCUGCAUAUUCCUACUAUUUCUUACCUGCUUAAUAUUCUCUGUUGUUGCUUACUAUCUAUUCUAGCAAGAACUGGUUCUCAAAACUAGCAAAGGCUCUUGUUCUGAGGUGAAGUGUGGAUGUUAACAUGGUGCAGGGCACAGAAGCCCAAAGGAGAAGCUUUCUGCUCUGACGCCUGUGCACCACUGAUACGAAUCCUCAACAAAAGAGAAUCACACAGAACAUGCAUAAUAGUAUAUGAAACAGGAAAGAAACUGGGACCAUGUAGAUAACUUAAAGCAUCCCUUUAAGUUUCCAAUGCAAUUUGUUACUGGUUUUAUACAAUGAAGAAGUAUCAUGAAUUUUUUAGCCUGCUGCAAGUUUAACAUACACGUCUUUUUUGCCUGGUCUUAUUUUUUCUUAGAAUGCAAGAAGAACAUUCACUGUGUUUUUUUUUUUUUUUUAUUAUUAUUUUUUAAUAAACAGUGACAUCUGCUGGAUAGGUGCACUACCUGCAGUCCUGUAAAAAAAUGCAGGUGUAAAGGUUGAUUGGGACUGUGGUCACUGUUGAAAUAUGUAACCCUACAGUAAUGUACAUAGGAGCACAUGACUAGUCUGUGGGCUGAGGGACAAUUGUUUUUCUAUUCGUAGCUGGCCAUUGAGUGUUUGUAAGAGUGUGGGGGUCUGACACUUUUUUUUCAAUGAGAAUUUAACUUCAAGCGUCAUUUAAAUAUGUUCCAGUGAUUAUUUUGUCCACCUGAAGUGAUUUAAAAGUCUGUGUAGAAUAAUUAUCUUUACUAUGUAGAAACUUUUUUUAUUUUUUUUUAUUUUUAUUUUUUUGAGCAAUCGGGUCUGUGUUAUAAUGAUCGAUCAUCAUAUUGUGAAUGAAGAAUGGUUUCAGAGUGUGUUGAUCAUGCAUUAUUAGGUCAUAUGUAUUUUGUAUUAUUCAUAAGGAGGUUUAACUGAAUGGAACUGGUGUGCAAUGAUCUUUAGUGUUGUUUGAAUGAGCAGAAGGUUGUGUUAUUAUUGAGAUGGUGAGGAUAGAUUUGGGAUAGCUGUAAAGAAGAGAUAGUUAAUAAGCAUAACACAUAGUGCAAGCUUCUUAAGGUAAAGAACACAGUUUACAUGUACAGCCCCCAAUGUUUGAUGAUCAUUCAAACAGAUUGAUCAGACUGAUGUUUUCCUGCAGUGUAAUCACUGCCCCCUGUUGGUAUAUUCUUGAAAUAGCUAUUGGUUUAAAGAAAAACACUAUAAAGCUAUUUCUAGGAUAAGAGUUUUGUACUUGUUGAGUCUAGACAUAUUUUGCAAAAAAAAAAAAAAAAAAAUUAUUUAAUGAUUUAUUCUUUAAUAUAUUCUUCAAAUGUUUUCCACAUUUCCAAUAUAUAUAUAUAUAUAUAUAUACACACACACACACACACACACACACACACACACAC